AUGGAACAGGCACAGCUUACGCCGCAACAAAUUUGGUCCGUUGCAAUUCGCGCGGUCACAGCUGAGGGAGACAUUCAUCAGUACAAUGUCCACCGUCGGGGUUCUAGCGCUCUAAGCGCUCUUUGGGCCACGGCAGACGUGGUACUAAGAAACCGUCUUGCGGCACAGGCCGCUAAUAGGAUUGUGGCUAGGUGGCGGCCCAUUGGCGCUCGUGGCUCUCAGAGUUGGGAGAACUCGUUCGUUGUGCUACGCCGCUACGCUCAAGAAGACCUAAGUGCCGUCUUAACCGAGCAUCUAACAAAAGGCUCUCCAGUCGGCUAUACUACAGGCGCGAGUCCGAAAGGACAGGAUGGACCAGACGACGGUGGCAAUAAUUCAGAUGGAUUGGAUGUCUUUCACCUCUCACUCUAA